AUGCUUGGUUUUCAUAGUUCAAUUCAGAAAUACACAAUAUUUAGCGAAAGUGAAUCGAUUAUCAUCAAAGAUGUGAGCAAAUAUUAUACAGGAACAAGCAUUACAUGGGGUACUUUCAAUGAAAACUAUAUUUGGACUUUAAAUUCAGAAAACUUACUAACAAUUUCCGAUUUUAAGAAACAAUUUCGAAAAAUCGCUAGUGUUCAACUUGAUAAGUCUCCAGAGCCAUAUAAUCUCUUCGAAACUACAAAUGAUCUCAAAACAGUUUUAAUUUCAUAUAAAGGUGCAGAUUUUUGUUAUAUAUUUUCAUUUAACAAAGAUACGAUUGAUGUUAACAUCAAAGUGCUUCAUGAAAUGAAGUUAUUAGACGCUACAGCAGGAUCAACGUUAAAUACUUUUCAAAUUCUUAUUGUAGAGGAUGAUAAACAAGAUGUUCUUAUUCUUAAUCAUAAAACUCUUGAAACUACAUCUAAGGAUCUUGAAAAUACGGCUUCAGGAAUUAUAUCUUAUAAAAAUUCGAAAGCUACAGUUCUUGCAUUCUUAUAUCCGGAUAAAGUUGAAAAUCCAAGCAAGAAAAAUCCAGUGGAACUUGAUUCUCCUAUGGUUGUCCACUCAAAUGUUUUCAAAUCAAGAAUUAUUAUUCAAGAUGAGGAAAAUCACAUUAGAGGUAUUGAUAUCAAUAAUAUGUCAUUAGAUAUCGACCUCGAAGCACCAAAACUUAAUCAGAUUUUCCUCUUACCCAAUAAUUUGGCAUUUGGCGUUUGUGACAACGGAGAUAACAUUAUUUUCACAGUUAAUCCAUCACAAGAAGCCGAGACCAUGCAAGACAAUACAGUUUUGGACUUAGAAAGUCCACUUUCCAUAAAAUCUGCAACAAUUUUUCACAAAAAACUUUACGCAGCAGAUACUAGAGGUGUUUUCUCAUACGAAUAUAGUGAGUUCCCACGGGAAAACAACGUUCCGUACGAAACUCAGCCACCUUUCCGCUUAUUUACAGAAUCAAUGGACUCAUAUGCUAUUUCCAGUGAAAAUGGAACCGAAAUCAUAGGUAAUGAGGAUGUAAUUCCAUAUGGACAAGGAAGAUUGCUUGGCCUUUACGAAAUUAAUGAAAAUAAUUCAAUUUUUAUUUACGAAGAUGGCAUUUAUCAGAAAGAAUCCAGUAAAAAGAUAGCUCUUAGACGUUGUACAGCAUGUGACUACAUGGAUGAACGCCUUCUUAUUGCUUUUGACCAUAGAAAACUUGUUAUUUUCCAAAUUUCCGAUUUCAAGAAAGUUGGUCAGACAACAAUUGAUAUAGCAGACGAUACAGUAAUAACCGCCGUAGCUAUUUCAGAAAAUUUCACUGCUUCAAGUCAUUAUUACGAAAAUACAGGAAUUGCAAGCAUAAUUUUAAUGGAUAACGAGUUUAAUACAAAGGCUGAUAUAGAUGUUCCAUCCCGUGUAACCUCAAUGAUCUUUGUUGAAGAAGGCAAAAAAUUAUUCGUCGGAAUGUUCAAUGGAACGGUUUUAUCAACGGAAACAAAUGAAAAUGGAGAACUUAUCAAACAUACAUAUUGUUAUAUUGGCAAUCCGUGCAUUGAUGUCUUCUUUAUCAGAAAUCCUGCAAAUGAUGACGAAUUUUUCUUCGCUGAUGAAAGAUUAUACCAUUAUUAUGACUCUACAAUCCAUGAAGAACAGUUUCUGCCAAUGGAUGCCUUCUGUUUGUAUAAAGAUGAAAUCGGAGUUAUUUUCUUAUCGACAGCGAAGGAAGGAAACGUCACAGCGAGAAACUUCUUGACUGAAAAUCAGUCAACACAUAGUUUUUACAUCAAAUUGAGCAUUAAAAACACAAUUUAUAUCGCUCUUGCCGGAAAUUACGGAUUUGCUCUUUGUGUAGACAACGACCAUGAGUUCUCUAUCCAUGUAUUUGAUAAUGAGAACCAGGAAAUCACAUCAGAAACGUUCAAAGGCUCUGUUUCAACUUUAAUUGCUCAUGAAUCAAAGGGAAGGGUCAAAAUUAUUGCAGCGGAUUGCGGGAAAUCAGAUACAAUACAUGGUAUUGUAUACGAAGAUGGCAAACUCUCUCUCAAAUUCACAAAUAAAUUUGAGACCAUCAUAUCAAGUAUAUGCAUGAUGGGCCAUAAGGUAAUAUUUUGUACCAGCCAUACGAUAAGGGUUUGCAAAUUCAUAGAAGACAAACUUUUAUUCACAUAUGCAAAUACAACUUUAUGCGGCAACGUCAAUAUGGUUGUAACUCAUGGCAGAUACAUCUGGUGCUCAGUCGAAAACUAUGGAAUCGCCGUCUUGACGUACAACAAGAAAGAUGACUGUUUGGAAGGUGUCGGCCAAUACAAAAAAGUGACAGACAAAAUCACAGCCAUUGCACCUAUUGAUGAUUUGACAGUCGCUUUCUCCACAGAGAGGGGAGACAUCUUCUUCACUACUAUCGAUAUCAACAUUGUAUUAGGUCUUAAUACAUUUGACAUGGUUUCUUUACCACAAUUAAAUAUUUGUGGUCGAAUCAACAUCGGCCGUGUUGUUGUCUUCAUUUUCAGGAAUGGAAAUUGCAUAUACUAUCUUCUUAAAGAUGGUACGCUCGGUGCACUUCUCCCUGCUCCUUUGAUGACAGAGUUUAGAAGGUCUGAAAGAUACCAAUUCAAUGCAUUGUCUGAGUAUUCAGAAGGUGUUGGAUUCUUCCAUCCUGGACAUUCUUUGGCAGCUCAGAAAGGAAUCAUUGAUAUUGAUUUCAUCGAAUGUUUGAAUCAGCAGAAUAUCUUCCCUGAUGCCGACCAUGCUUCUGAAGUUAUGGCUGCAAUUUCACAAGCAAAUGUUAAUAUUGUUCUCAAAUAA